CUGAAAAAGGCCUUAUAUAGUCUAAAACAAUCACUAAGACUUUGGUAUAAAUACCUCUCUAAUAUCCUAAAUAAACUUAGCUUCAAGGCAAUACUAUAUAAUGAAGGAGCUUUUAUAAAUUAUAACUAUAAGAUGAUACUGCUUUGCUAUAUAGAUGAUCUAAUAAUA